GCACCAACUCUCCCCCUCUCUCUCUCUGUCAAUCUCAUCUACACACAGAGCAUUGAGAAUUAUCAGCAACUCCCUCUCUCAAAGCACCGAAAGAAUGGAAGGAGAUGCUGUUGCCGCCGUUCUUCAAGUUCUAGUUCAAAACCUCAUCGACCACUCCAAAAACGAGAUCGCUCUCAUCCGAGGUCUCGACAAAGAAGCAGCAAAGCUAGCUGAGAGACUGGAUGCCCUCCAGCAAUACUUGAACGACGCAGAGGCGGGUAACAUCACCGGCAAUGCAGUCAAAAACUGGCUGAGCAGGCUUGAAAACGUGGCGUUCGAUGCUGACAAUGUUUUGGAUGAGCUCAACUAUCAUCAUCUCUCCAAAGACAUUAAGCACAACAAACCCAUGAAGGAGAAGGUAUUAUCAUUCUUCUCAUCCUUCAAUUCUGUUGUACGCCCGCGAAAUAUGGCUUUUAGAAUCCAAGAAAUCAAUGUGAGUUUGGACUCACUUGACAACGAGGCAGCCAGGCUUGGCCUCAUGAAGAGGCCUGCCUCCGGUGAGCCCACUUUGGAUGAUACUGUUAAUUUUGAAACCGAUGCAUUCACUUCUAUUCCAAUUUUUAUUGGAAGAGAAGUUGUGAUGUCGGAAAUAGUUGAGAUGCUUGCAACUAGUAUCAAAACUGAUCAACGUCCCAUUUCCAUCCUUACCAUUGUUGGAAUGGGCGGGUUGGGGAAGACGACGUUGACUAGGAAAGUCUUCGAUCAUAUGAAGACAGAGAAGCGUCUAUUUGGAUCUCAUAUUUGGGUGCAUGUCUCCCAAAAGUUUGAUCUAAUCACUCUUUUGAAGAAAAUCCUCAAAGAGUUGACUACUGAGGUAGCUGAGACUAAGCAAGAUAUUUUAAAAAAGAUUCAAGAAGCAUUGAAAGAUAAAACUUAUCUGCUUGUUCUGGAUGAUGUCUGGAAUGAUCGUCUUCCCGUUUGGGAAGAUUUUAUCAAUUCAUUGUCCGGAGUUACUUCUAUGAAGGGAAAUGCGAUUGUUGUCACCACCAGAAAUAUGGAGGUAGCUUCAAUUGUGAAUUCACUUCAUACACAUGAGUUGAAAGGAUUAUCAGAUUAUGAUUGUUGGUCAAUAAUCAAGGCGAAGAGGCUCGAAGAUGUUGAGGCUGCGUCGGAACUUGAGACCAUCGGCAAAAAGAUUGCAACGAAGUGUCAAGGUUCGCCGUUAGCUGCCAACAUAGUUGGGGGACUUCUGCGUGAUAAAUCGGAAGAAGAAUGGGUCUCAAUUGAAGAGAAUUGGCUUUCACGUGAUCAAGCAGAUAGCAUCACAAAAAUUUUGAGGUUGAGCUUCAACAACUUGUCUUCACCGUCGCUUAAGAAGUGCUUUGCAUACCUUUCAUUGAUUCCGAAAGGUUAUGCAAUCAUGAAACAACAAGUGAUUGAGUUUUGGAUGGCCGAAGGAUUUCUUCAAGCUGAUGGGAGCAAUGAGAUGGAGUCCGUGGGCGACAAAUUUAUCAACAUUCUUCUACAAAGCUCUUUGCUGCAAGUUUGUGGUAGAGAUGAGUUGGGAAAUGUUGACACUUGCAUAAUUCACGACCUUGUCCACGAUCUCGCCUCUUCUAUUUUAGAUUCAUCCAACAAUACAAAUAGCAGCAGCCGAGUUCGAUAUAUGCUUGUCGACGACGAUAGAUGGAGAGAGGAAUCACGUCGUGUAAAUAUCCCAAAAGAAAAGGCAAGACAUUUGCGUACAUUAUUGUUCGCAGGUGAAGUUUCGAGUAACAUGUUUUCAGACUUCGAGUGUCUGCACGUCUUAUGUCUCAAAGGUUUUGUAAUGAAAGAGCUGUCAAGUUCAAUUAAGAAGUUGAUUCAUUUGAGACAUCUUGAUAUCUCGGAUACAAAAAUCCAAUAUUUGCCGGACUGGAUUGGUGAACUCCUUCACUUGCUAACGCUGAGAGCAUUCAUAAGUGAGUUGAAGAAGCUCCCAAGUACAAUUAAGUACUUGAUGAAGUUGAGGCAUGUUUGUAUUGACUUCAAUACGGAUUUGCCAGCUGAGAUUGGAAAAUUGACUUCGCUCCAAACCCUAAAUAGUUUUAGAGUAAGCGAUGAUAAAAAUGGCUGCAAAAUUGAAGAGCUCGGGAGUUUGAAUAGUCUCACAGGAAAUCUAUUUAUUUGGAACCUCGAAAUGGUUCGUGACAAGGAAGAGGCUGAGAGAGCAAAACUAUGUCAAAAAUCAAAGCUAUCAGACUUGAGUUUGGAAUGGACUAAAGGUGAAAUAAACCAUGAGAAUGUGUUGGAAGGCCUUCAACCUCACUCAAAUCUGAAGAAGUUGUCGAUUGUGGGAUAUAAUGCCAAAAGAUUUCCAUUAUGGACACUGAAAAUGGCAGUGAGAUAUGGGCCUCAAGGCUCUUGGAUAGGACUUAACAAGUUGAUAUCAGUAGAACUCAGUGCUUGCCAAGAAUGUGAAGAUAUCCCGAUGCUGGGCCACUUGCCAAAUCUCAAGUCUCUUCAGCUGCAGGUCUUGAUCAAUGUCAAGUCUAUAAAUUCUUCAUUCUACGGGAUUGAGAAGGAAACGCGCAUUGUUUUUCCAGCACUUGAAAAACUCAAAUUUUUUGAUAUGCGCAAGCUGACAGAGUGGGCAGAAGCAGAAUUUGAGGGUACAAUUGAAGUAAAGGUAUUUCCCAACCUCCGACUUCUGGAUAUCUUUCAUUGCGAUCAAUUGAUGGGUACUCCAACUCAUUUGUCGUCAUCAUGCCUUAUGGAUUUGAGUAUUAUAAGAUGCAGUUGCACGGUUUUGGCAAGCAUUUUCUGGAUCGAAUUGACGAUGCUUACACGCAUAUUUCUAGAAGAAAUUGAUGACCUGGUAUGUCUCCCAGAUUGGUUGUUCUAUAGCAAUCCGAAUCUGUCGGAGCUGAACAUAAAGAAGUGCCCCAAUUUGAGAGACUUACCGGGCGGUCUAAGCACCCUCAAAUCUCUGGAGAAGUUGAUCAUAUGGAAUUGUCCCAAUCUGGAAAGAAUAGGAGAUAUUGGCAAAGAACAGUCACCAUCACAACUACAAGGAUCCCUUCGGCAUUUCGAGAUUUAUGAAUGCCAAUCACUGGUGUAUUUCCCGUUUGAAAUAAUAGGAUAUGCGCUGGAGGAACUGCAGUUGGAGACCUUAGACAGCCUAGGAAAUCUCCCCAGUGUGAUCGACAGCCUUGUAAAAUCACCUCGUCUAACAAAAUUGACAAUUCUUCGUGUUCCUAAUUUUAUGGCCACUUGUCGUGUUGAGACUUGGCCCUUUCGCAGCUUACAAGAGUUACAUGUGGAUGCUAGUAAGGGGGGCUCAGGCUCAAUGGAGACUGUUGAUGGGUUUCUGCAAGCAUGCUGCAACUCACUUAUUCAUACGUUAACUUUGUGUGGGAUGGAAAGCUGGGAAUGUUUGCCGGAAUCAAUGAAACAUCUCUCUACUUGCACUUCAUUAGCUUUGAUCAAUUUCGGAAUGGAAGAGUUACCUGAAUGGUUUGGGAACUUUUCAUCUCUGCGGUCGUUGUCUUUAUACAACUGCAAUCGUUUAAGGCGUCUACCCUCCUUUAUGCCGCGCCUCUUCAGAUUAGAGCAGUUGACCAUUGAAGGCUGCCCAGAAUUACGUUUUCAACAGCAAGUUGAUGCAGCUGAUCCUGCAUGGCGCAGGAGCAUUUCCCGUAUCGGAGACAUCACCGUUGAUGGCUCCAAAUACAAUCCCGUUAUCCCUCAAGAAAGUAGAACGAGGAAACAGUUGUGUUUGGGAUGCCUCUAAUGAAUUAGGAGGUGAAGAAGGGAGGAAAGCACUAUCCAUUUGCAGCAAGUUGAUGACUUGCUCAACCUUUCUUCAUCAACUUCACAAUUAAUGGUAAGAAACGUGAUGUUGGUGAACCAAUUUUGCUGUCCCAUUUUUCACUCGUAUGGUACAAUAGAUGAUUUUGUUUUUCCUUUGGGUCAGGUGUUUGUUGACAGAAUGUUCUAUGUUCUUUGGUCUUGUGGGUUCUUUUUCUUUUUCGUAUUUAUAAUUAUACGAGUACUCUUUCUUAUUCUCUCUCGGUGUUUUUCCCAAUGGGUUUUCGUCUUGUGAAGUUUAGUGAUGCUCGGCCCAUGAGUGAUUGAUUUUCUGAUCUUGUGUGUUUCCUUUUCUCUUCCGUCUAUGUAUUUAGAUGAACGAGUACUCUUUUUUCUCUUGGUGUUCUUCCAUUGAGUUUCCGUCUUGAGAGGUUUUAAUGAGGCUCGGCUUUUGAGUGAUCGAGUUGUGAUCUCCUCGAGUUUAUGUUAGGUUUAUGUUCUCUCUGUCUUAAUUUUUUUUUUCAAUAAAAUAACCAUAAUUCAUUCAUUCAUGUUUUAACAUAUGAGUUAUGGUUUUGUGCUAUGUUUUUCAGUAGUAGGUGAGCUAGUAGCUGAGAUUUGGGGGUAUCGUCUCGUUGGUUGCUCCGCGGUGGGUCUUCUUGGCUCCCUGUCAUGACCGCCGGCGUUGAGUUGAUUGUUCGUUCACUGCUUGGCUGUUCCAGCGAUGUUUCUUUGUUCGUUUGGUUUUCUUGCGCCGGGGGUGUCGGGGCUUGCAACGGGGGCGAUGGUCAUGCCGGAGUUCUGUUUGCAGUUGCUGUUAUUUUUCUGUUUCUUUCUAGAUAGACACUUUUUUCAUUCUCGUAAUUUUUCCCUACGAGUUUUAUUUGGGAAGAUUUUAAUGAGGUCUGGCCCUCAGUCAACGUUUUUGUGCUCUCGAUGGGUUUGGUUUAGGUUUUUUUGCUUUUCGUUCUAAUAAAUUUUAAUUCAGCUAUGUUUUCAAGUAGCUUUCGAGAUAAUAAAUUGCAAAAUAAUAGGUUUGGGGUUUGUUUUCA